AAAUAAGUCGUCUAGUCUAUGUGAUUAAUUAAGGAUCACUCGUAUCGUAUGGUUGUUUGGUUUGAUUACCAUUUACCACUGCUGCACUAGAUGAUAUAGCUGCCUCGAUUCUUUCUGCACCAUCAUCAAUCAAUCAAUCAAUCAAAUAUUUAAUCUGUUUCCAGUUAUGGGAACUUGCUUCAGUUCUGCUGCUGCAUCUGCCUCUGUUGAUCAAACCCCAUCUUCUUCAGUUACAAUAUCUCAGAAGACGACCACCAACACGUCGUCGUCGUCGUCAAGCGGCACCAAUAGUACAGUUUCCGGUAACAGUAGAUUCUCGGCGGCAAGUGGAACCGAUUUUGCUGGGUCUGGGCAGAUGAUACCCCACCCCAAUUUAAGGGUUUUCUCCUUUUCUGAGCUCAAGACUGCCACUAGAAAUUUCAGAAGUGAUACUGUGCUUGGUGAAGGUGGUUUUGGUAAAGUUUACAAGGGCUGGCUCGAUCCCAAAUCUUCUACUUCUGGAUCCGUCAUUGCUGUUAAGAAGUUGAAUUCUGAAAGUAUGCAGGGAUUUGACGAGUGGCAGUCUGAGGUGAACUUCCUUGGAAGGCUUUCCCAUCAGAAUCUGGUGAAGUUGCUGGGCUAUUGUUGGGAGGAUAAAGAGCUACUUCUUGUCUAUGAGUUCAUGCAAAAGGGCAGCUUAGAGAACCAUCUUUUUGGAAGGGGUUCUGCUGUUCAGCCACUUCCAUGGAAUAUUAGGCUAAAGAUACUAAUUGGAGCAGCUCAUGGUCUGGCAUUCCUUCAUGCAUCAGAUGGAAACGUCAUCUAUAGAGACUUCAAGGCCUCAAACAUAUUGCUUGACGGAUCGUACCAUGCCAAGAUAUCAGAUUUUGGGCUAGCAAAAAUGGGUCCAACAGCUAGUAGAUCCCACGUAACAACACAGGUUAUAGGAACAUAUGGUUAUGCAGCACCCGAGUACGUUGCAACAGGGCACUUGUAUGUGAAAAGUGAUGUAUAUGGUUUUGGUGUGGUGUUAGUCGAAAUGCUGACCGGUUUGCGGGCACUAGAUACAAACCGUCCAUCUGGACAGCAUAGCUUGGUUGAUUGGAUAAAGCCACAUUUGUGUGAGAGGAGGAAGUUAAAGAACAUUAUGGAUUCGCGUCUGGAGGGAAGAUAUCCUUCUAAAUCUGCUCUCCACAUAGCCCAGCUUGCUCUAACUUGUCUCGAGAGUGAACCUAAAAACAGACCGUCAAUGCAAGAGAUAGUGGAGGCACUUGAAAGAAUCGAGUCGGUUAGUGAGAGACCUAGAGUGCCAAGAGUACAAAAACAUCAUUCUAGUCACCAUCAGAGACAACCUCUGCAGUACCGUUCUCCACUUCAUCCAAGGCAACAAGCCCCUAAUAUUAAUCCAGCCUAUCCCCUGCCACCACGCGUUUAAUUCCAUUUUAAGAAUCAAUUACGGUGCCUGUGUGUGUGUGUACUUGUUGUUGUAAAUGUAAAUACUAAAUAGAGUUGAGAAAGUAGAUAUGGAAACAGUCGUUGUUUUAGUAGAUAUGAUAUGAUAUGAUAUGAUACUCUUUGGUUCUUCAUUUGGUUACAUGUUUUGACUCUAUAUUAUUAUGUAUUCAAGACGUGAUUACUUAUACAUACUCUUGAUCGUUGA